UCUCCAGACCACAGACUUCCCCCGAGGACCUGAAGGCACUGAUGGGGAACGUCAACCGCCUCAACGAAAGCUUUCGGGACAUGCAGCUGAAGCUGCUGCACCUGCCUCUGAAGGGUGACGUUCUGGAUCACAUCUGGAGGCUCCAGGACCUCCUGCAGAACCACUCGGACUCCUUGUUCCUCAUGACGGGGUCACUGCAGAAGCUGGAAGGGCUUCUCUGGAGCCUGCAGACCCAGGCUAGCCAAACCGACAAGGCAGUGUCCAACCUCUGGGACAGCUUGACCCAGCAGAGCGACACGGCUCAGCAGGAGAUAUACAAGCUCUCCGUGGAAGGCAACAGCAGCCGGCUGCUGCUGCAGCACCACGACCACCUCCUGAGCCACCUGGGCAGCAGGGUGGAGAGCCUGAGCGACCAGGUGACGGCUGUGAAUGGGGCCGUGGACACCAUGAACAGGACCUUCUCCUACGACGUGAAUAUCCACCAUACCCGCAUCCAGGACCUGCAGGUGCUGAUCAGCAAUGCCACCGAAGAUGCCCGGCAGAUGCGCCUCAUCCACAUAGCCAUGGAGGAGCAGCUGAAGCACGAGCUGGCCAUCCUCAACAACGUGACGGAGGACCUGCGGUUGAAGGACUGGGAGCACUCCAUUGCACUGAAGAACAUCUCCGUGAUACGGGGGCCACCGGGACCCAAAGGAGACCAAGGCAAUGAAGGGAUGGAGGGUGAACCUGGUCUUCCCGGCCUGCCUGGGCUGCGAGGGCUGCCCGGGGAGAGAGGACCACCAGGACCACGUGGCUUGAAAGGAGACCAAGGAGACCUUGGCCCCCCAGGUCCAGUGGGGCUGCGGGGAUUCAAAGGUGACCGAGGCCCGAAGGGCGAGAAGGGGGACCGAGGCAGCGGCACGGCAGCCACCGAGGAGGGAAUGAUUCGGCUGGUGAAUGGCUCCGGCUCCCACGAGGGACGCGUGGAGGUCUUCUACGACCGGCGUUGGGGCACAGUGUGUGACGACGGCUGGGACAAGAAGGAUGGAGACGUGGUGUGCCGGAUGCUGGGCUUCCGAGGCGCUGAGGAGGUGUACCGCAUGGCCCGGUUUGGCCAAG